CGGUUCCCGGCGCCGUCCGCUUGGGGGCGCCCUCGCCCGUCCCGCGCUCUAUGGUCGCCCCCCCGCGUUGUCCUUCCCGCGCCGCCGCGGCCUAGAGCGUCCCCCACCUCCGCCUCCAACCCCGGAGAGCGGCGGGGUCCGCCGAGGACGUCACUUCCGGCGCUCCGUGACAGGCGCUUCCGGUGGGGCCCGGCCCGGCGGCGGAAUGGGGCGCGGCGGGAGCGGAGAGGCUGCUCCCGGCGCCGCCGCCUGACGCCGCGGCCCCGCCAUGGUGUCCGUCACGAUGGCCACUUCCGAGUGGAUCCAGUUCUUCAAGGAAGCCGGGAUCCCGCCGGGCCCCGCCGUCAGCUACGCCGUCAUGUUUGUGGACAACAGGAUCCGGAAGAACAUGUUGUUGGAUCUCAACAAGGAGCUGAUGAACGAGCUGGGCAUCACGGUGGUGGGAGACGUCAUCGCCAUCCUCAAGCACGCCAAAGUGGUGCAUAGGCAGGAGAUGUGCAAAGCGGCCACGGAGCUGCUGGGCCCCGGCUCGUCCCCGCUGCCCCCGGAGCUGCGCCGCGGAGCCAGCACCGCCGCCGGCCGCAUGAUCGCCAACAGCCUGAGCCGGGAUUCGCUUCCCGCCGCCCCGCUCCAGCCCCACGGCUCCAAGAUCUCCAUCACCGUCCCCAACAAGCUGGUGGCGGCGAAGGCAGCAGGAUUAGGGAACGCGGGCGCCGAAAUUCCAUCGAUCCCGGCGAAGCGGCGCCGGGUGACGGCGGAGAUGGAGGGGAAGUACAUCAUCACCAUGCCCAAAGGCACCACGCCGCGGACAAGGAAAAUCCUGGAGCAGCAACAAGCAGCCAAAGGGCCGCCCAGGACGUCGGUCUUCGACCGGUUGGGAGCCGAGGCCAAGGGGGACGCGGCUGCAGGAGGGAAGCCCACCGGCGUCUUCAGCCGCCUGGGAGAUUCCCUACGGGAUAAAUCCAUGGAGAGCGACGACGACGAUGACGACGACGGCUCCGUCCUUCCAUACGCCGGUGUCCUGAAGAAACCCAAUGCUCCAUGGAAAGAGAGCGCCGAGCCGGGAAUGCCGGUCAAGGCGAAAGCCACCAGCUCGGAAGUUAAACCCAUUCCCACCCCCAGGAAUGCCGCCGGUGUCCGGCCGGCACCGUGCCAAGCGGGAGAAGGGCGAGAGGCCGACGACGGCGUGAGCAGCAGCAGCAGCAACAGGGAUAAAUCGGAGCGGGAAUGUCGGGUGAUGAUCCGGAGGACGUGGGGCUGCGGGAAGGUGAGCAGCACCAGCGAUGCCAUGAUGGACAACGCCGGCACCGUCAGCGUCUUCCAGCGCCUGGGCAAGAAAACGGAUUGAGAUCCAAUGGGAUCCGUCUGCUUCCGGGGCUUCCCCGUUAUCCCAACGCAAGAGCCAGCGGAGACUCGAUCCCGGGGGAUCACCCCAUAGGGGAAUCCUAUGGGGAAGGGGUUAAUGCCGUGUGGAAAGGGAGUUUCCACAGGGAAAGGCUUAAUCCCAGUGGGAAGCAUCCCAUAGGAAAACAAUGGAGGGAAGAGAAGGGGGGGGAUAACCCUUCCCAAGAGAUUCCCUGCCCGUGGUCCGGGUGAAUCCAGCCGAAUCAUCGCUCUCCAUCCUCUUCCCCACCACUGAAGCCUUGAUUUGCCCCUUUAUUCCCACCCCCCCGCCGGUUCUUUCCUGCUUUGAGGAAUUCUCCCCGCGCAGGCUGGGUCUGGCCUUGCUGUGCCUGCUUUUCCCUUCCUCUGCCGCUUGGUUGCCCGGUAUUUAUGGAUCCGCUCCGGAAUGCCGCCCUCGAUCCUUCGGGACGAUGGCAUCCAUUGGGAUGGAUUUCGGAGCAGCAUUCCCGAAAAACCCCCCAAACCCACCCCAAAACCUUAAGAAGAACCUUUUUGGGGGGGGCUCAAAAACCAGCACCACCCCCCCCCCCCCCCCCCAAAACUGCCUUAAUUCCCGGGACGCCGUCGCUCCGGACAUGGCCUUUGCCUGGAAUUGCUCCUUUUCCCCCCAAAUCCCAGGGGGUUUUCCUCAACUUAUUUAUUUUGCCCCAAUUCCUCACAAAUCUCUUGCCCCCCCCCACCCCCCAAUCUGGUUUCUUUAGUUCUGCUCUAAACCCCAAAACCACCUUUUUUCUCCCCAAAACGAAGCUGGGGGGAGCCGCGCCGGGAGGUUUGGGAUGCGGAAAUCCCCCCAUUCCUUUGGUUUCAGACAGAAAAUCCCCCCAAAUUCACCAAUUCCUGCAUUUUUCAUAGAAAAAUUCACCAAUUCCUUCAUUUUAAGAGGAAAAUUCACCAAUUCUUGUGGUUUUAUCCUGAAAAUGCACCAAUUUCUUCAUUUUUAAUACAAAAUUUCAUCGAUUCAUUCAUUUUUAAUACAAAAAUUCAUCAAUUCCUUUGUUUUUAAUACGAAAAUGCACCAAUUCCUUCGUUUUUAACACAAAAUUUCACCAAUUCCUUCAUUUUUAAGAUGAAAAUUCAAAAUUCCAAUUUUAAUAUGAAAAUUUGCCAAUUCCUUUGUUUUUAUCAUGAAAAUUUACCAAUUCCUUCAUUUUUAAUGCGAAAAUUCACUAAUUCCUUCUUUUUUAACACAAAAUUCAAAAUUCCGUCAUUUUUAAUAUGAAAGUUCACCAAUUCCUUUGUUUUUAACACAAAAAUUCGCCAAUUUCUUCAUUUUAAUAUGAAAAUUCAUCAAUUCCUGCAUUUUAACACAAAAACUAAAAAUUCCUUCAUUUUUAAUAUGAAAAUUUGCCAAUCCCUUGGUUUUUACCAUGAAAAUUCACCAAUUUCUUCAUUUUUAAUACAAAAUUCACCAUUCCUUCAUUUAUAAUAUGAAAAUUCGCCAAUUCCUUUGUUUUUAUAAUGAAAAUUCACCAAUUCCUUCAUUUUUGAUACGAAAAUUCCCCAAUUCCUUUGGUUUCACCAUGAAAAUUCACCGAUUUCUUAAUUUUUAAUACAAAAUUCGCAAAUUCCUUUAUUUUUAAUGUGAAAAUUCAAAAUUCCUUCAUUUUUAGCACAAAAAUUCCCCAAUUUCUUGCUUUUGCCCACUUUGGGGGUGUUUUUCUUCCCGUUUCGGGCGUUUGGUGUGUGUGCGCCACGAGUGCUUCGGGGGAGGGUCUUUUCCCCCCCCAUUUUUGACCUCUUUUGGCAAUAAAGCGUGAAACGGC